UGUGGCAACGCUGACAAACAGCUGUGCAGUUUAUUUGUAUUUUGAGUGAAUUGGAAAAAACGCUGCUGAAAAAAAAUUGAAACAAAAUGUAAUAUAAAAGCACCUAAAACGGACUUGAUGGCAGCCACAAUAUGAUACCCUGGAUGCGCGAAAAGUUCAAUGAGAAGCGCGCCAAGUGGUUAGCACGCAACAAACAACGCGGCAACGCAACCGAAACCGAAACAAAUUCCGAUUCCAGUCGACGUACUGCCAUCAGCAGCAGAGGCAGCACCAGCGCCAGCGGGAGCAACAGUGAUGCAGGCAGCAGCAGCCUUAGCCUGCGCAGCAGUCAGGUGCAGACGACGGAGAUGGAGACGCAAACGGAUGUCGUUGACGUUGGCGUCGCAGUCGGCGGCGGCAUUUGCGUUUUGCGCACUCCCUCGCCGGCGCGCAGGCGGCGAAUUCAAUUGGAGUUGCAGCUGCAGCAGGAGCAGAAGGCAAGGCAUGCGGAGCAGCAGGCGAAUGCUUUGUUUCUCAGGAAAAAUCAUGCUAGGCUCGCGUCAGCUUCAUCGGCGAUUGCUGAUGAUCAGGAUGUGGGCAAAGCUGGCGCAACAAUAACGGUGCGUGUUAUCUGUCCUAGUUCCCGUGUCCUCAUCUUUAAAACUGACAUCAACAAGCGCCUGAAUGAUCUUAAAAGUGAAGUUAUCUUGGAGUUGAGCGAUGAUCCUGAGUCGAUACAGUUAUUUGCGCCCGAUGUCCGACAUUUGAAUCCACGUUAUCGUCUCUAUAAAGCGGAAUACUGGGGAGGGGAAUUGAACGAAACCCAAACACUUGCACAGCUUCAUGUGCGCGACAAUGAGACGUUCAUCUUGUCACCCAGGCGAAACACUUUGCCACAAACGGUGACACGAACUCGUGAAGUGCCAGGACCAAAUGAGGCGCUGCUAGAGAGUGCAACACGCUUUGUGCACUCCAAUACUAACGCGCUGCCAAUCAUCGAUAUCAAUGAGAUCUUUCAGCAGUCGAAUAUCCAAUAUGAUGUACGCAAGGUACUCAUCUCUCUCGCCCAGGCUUCGGCUGCUAUAAUUGGCGCUGGGCCAUUUGCACCUCGCUUAAUCAGCAUGCUAAAGCAACGUUUGGUCAAUCGUCGCAAUCAUCAGGCGGAUACGCUGCAGUGCCUCAUUGAUAUGGGCUUCACCCGAGAGGUUUCUGACCAGGCUUUGCGCUCAAAUAAUGGCAUCUAUUCAACAACUUUGGAGUGGCUCAUACAGAAUCAAAGAGAGGAGGAUGGCUCACCGUCGCCGCUGAUGCCUAUGAAUAUGCAGCACAGCGUCUCCUCCAUAUCGCCCUCAACUAUUGUUACCGAUAAUGAGACGAUUGAGAACACGGCUGCCCUUUUGCAAAUUGUGCGCAUUUAUAGCCACCGCGAUACGCCGCCAAAUGAGGAGAUUGUAGAAUCCUUGACAGACAUGGGCUUUGAAUAUAAUGCAGUCGUGGCGGCGCUUAAGAAGACGGGCAAUAAUAAGGCCUCCGCCUGUGACUGGCUGUGCGAAAACCGCUCGGGCAGUGUCAUUGAGCUGCGAGAGGGUCUGGCUCCCGAUUCUCCAAUACUUAAAGUAAUACUUGAAAUGCCGCAGGUCCAAUUGACGCUCAGCAAUCCAAAAACCUUUUUGGCCUUUUUGGCCAUACUGGAAAACGAGAAUGCGAUACGCGUCUGGCGCGGCGAUAAUGACACAACCUCCGUUAUCACACAUAUCCUGCAGAAGUACCAUGAGGAGAAGCACGUAAUGGGCAUUAAUCAGUUCUACGUCAAUCGCUGGUGAAGGCGAAUGCUUUUUUAUAGUGGCCUAAUUAUUGAGAUUAACCAAAUUCUAUUUAUACAUGCAUAUAUACAUAUACAAUAUAUACAACCUAUA